UUUCUGUAACACACACGCUACAAGAUCACACCGGGAAAACGGAGAGAGGAAAGGAAAUAAUAGGCGAGAGAAAGAAAGAGAGGGAGGGAAGGAAACACCGCAACCUGCCUGUUCGUCCGCUGCUUGUUGUUUUUUUUUUUUUUUUUUUUUUUUAAAGUGAAGGUGUUGGUGGGGGGGGCAACAGAAAAAUCGUCUUUUCUUUUAACGGAGACUUGCGGACUAACAUGGGGGGAAGAGAGAGCUCCUGACGAGGAUUGACUUUCAGUGAACCUCUGCUCUGUGGUCAAUAGACAGGCAGGAGAAGGAGAAAAAAAAAAGGCGACAGGGAAGACAUGUUGAGGGGCUUCUCGUCUUAAGGGCUGCGGUAGGAUGUUCAUGUUGUGCCGUUAAAACAGAGGAGUUUUUUUUUUUUUUUUUCCAAAACGUGAGCUAAUGGAAAUUGGGCGGUAGGCUACGCUCGGGAGCUAUUGUUUUGGUCGGUGUUUAAUUGGUUUGUUAUGAACUGAAAAAAGCGUAGGCCUCUUAAGAAGCCCUACAGUAAAUAAAUACACGACCAAACAAGGGGUCGGUAAUUAGCCUGCUUACAUUUAAGGAAACAUCUUUUUUUAUUAUUAUUAUUAUUAUUAUUAAGCCGCCGUGUUUCCUAGUGAGGUCAAAUACGCGUUUAUUAUAUGUGUUUUGCAGUGUUCAGAUGAUAUUUUUCAACACGCAGCCAACACAUUUCUAGAUAACUAAACUCUUUAAGGGGGUCAUGCAAAAGGCCCAAUAGGAAACGCAGUAAAGGAAAGCAUUAUUAGAAUAUUUUAAGAGAGAGAGGAGGGGGGGUGAAAAAUAGGAUUUUUAAAUGUUAAUGUCGACCGACGUCGCAUCCAUUAUGCUGCCUGUGUCCCGGGGUCUCAUGGACCGGGAUAGAGAGCUGGAAACCCUCGCCGGGGUGCAUCCAAACGCGGGUGGAGCUCCAGCGGUCGUCCGGGGCAUGAAGCGUGGAGACCCGGAGCCCGACGUUCAGACAGCGGCAGCUCUGGUGGACGCUGCCGGGGCGGAGUGCAAGCGCCCCCGGAUCGACGGCUCAGGGGGCAUCGGCGAGGUUGGUCAGAACAACGACCCGCUGACCCUUGGUUACCACGGUUACCCAUCUCACAGUCAGGGCUCUCAGGAUAGUGCUGGCGGUCAGGAGGGACUCGUACCACCUUUCUCGGCGUUCCCUCCACCUCCCCCGCCGCCCCCCCAGAACGGCCUGGCCCUGGAUUACGGGGGCAGCUUGUACACAGCGGGGGCCGUGCAGGGCCCCGUGGAAGCCGGCGGAGCAGCGAACAGCGCCGCCAACGCUGCCAACAGCCUCGGCGCUCAACAGACAGAUGGGUCCUCCCAGAUUGACGUACAGUCAGGCGUCGGCUCAGGAGGAGGAGGCGGAGGGUCGAUUGGGGAUGAUUCAGACGGCAAGGGGACCCCGAAACGUCUCCAUGUGUCGAACAUCCCCUUCCGCUUCCGGGACCCUGACCUACGGCAGAUGUUUGGGCAAUACGGAAAAAUCCUUGAUGUGGAGAUCAUUUUCAAUGAGCGGGGAUCCAAGGGCUUUGGUUUUGUAACAUUCGAGACUAGUGCAGAUGCAGAGAGGGCCCGGGAGAAGCUUCACGGUACACUGGUGGAAGGACGUAAAAUCGAGGUGAACAAUGCCACAGCCAGAGUGAUGACAAACAAGAAGAUGACCACACCUUACUCUAACGGAGAGGGCCUCGCCACUCUGCCAUAUGCUGGUUGGAAGUUGAGUCCCAUGGUUGGAGCCAUGUACAGUCCUGAACUCUACACAGUACCCGGGUUUCCGUACCCGGCCGCUGCAGCAGCAGCUGCCUCGACCGCUGCCACCUUCCGAGGUGCUCACCUUCGGGGUCGGGCCCGGCCCGUCUACAGCGCGGUCAGGGCAGCUGUGCCACAGCCUGCCAUCCCCACCUACCCUGGCGUGAUGGCCUAUCAGGAUGGCUUUUACGGUGCGGCUGAUCUCUAUGGCGGCUAUGCAGCGUAUCGUUACGCCCAGCCGACAGCAGUAGCGACUCCUGCAGCAGCAGCGGCUGCAGCAGCAGCUUACAGUGACAGCUACGGGAGAGUUUACACAACAGACCCUUACCACGCUGCCCUGGCCCCAGCUGCCUAUGGUGUAGGAGCCAUGGCCACGCUGUACAGGGGAGGCUACAGUAGGUUUGCCCCUUACUAAAGACACUACAUUUCCCAGGAGCUCCUCUCUUCCAUUGAUUUACUCUGAAAGAGCUCCCUCUGUUGUCGUGGAGGUGGACUGCACCCAGUUUUAAAGUGUGGAGUCGACCAAAACAAAGAUAUUUCAGAUCCCAAACCCCGAGCAGUCCCACAUUUUCUUAUAUACGCUACUACAGAAAUAGAGGAAUGCUGUAUUAAAGACUGACGGAUGGCCUUAAAAGAAAAAAAAAAAAGAAGAAAAAAAAAAGACUUUAAAAAGGCCACCUUCCCUAUUGCACGGCUGUAUUAUAGUCCCCUUCUUCUUAUUCCCUCGGCACUCAGCAGCACAAGACUCGGGACGGAGCCCACAUGUUCUUCCAAAGGCUGUGUGUGGAAAGCUGACAUUUAAAUAGCUGUCGACCAUGUUUGAGACGGAGCCAAGAGCUGGGAGGGAAAGGAGCAAAUCGAAGCCUCCUCAAAUAAAAAAAACCAUCAGAGCUGUAGGAAGCAGGAAGAUGCACGAAAGAGCACCUAAAAACAUUUUAAAGCAGAAUGACGAGUCUCUAAAAUGAUUUUUAAAAACAACAACAACAACCCACAGACGGAUUUGGUCGUUCCUCCUCAGAGUGCGGGCAGAUAGAGAGGGGAGAGGAGGUCCAUUGUAGCUGUGGGUUCUGGUAGACGGAAGAGGGAGGGGGGGGGGGGACUGAACAUGGCGGCUCGGAGAAACGAGGUGACGGUUUAUAACGCUACAGAAGUCACGUCUGAAAGCUGAAGGGAGGAGGAUUAUUAGAGCUGCUCCUUACCUCAAGUUUUCUUAGUAUGUGGAAAUGACGAACCUUUAAACUUAAAAUUGUUAUGAUAUGCAAAGAAAUUAGUUUAGAGAAAUGUUACCAAAUUAUUAUUAUUAUUGUAAUUAUUCUCAUUACUAUUCUUACAAAACCAUGAUUUAGUUGAGCUCAGCAGCUUCUGCUGUCAUGUAGAUCCAACAGUGAAACUUGGGGUUAAAAUCUGAGAAUCUGUAUAACCAACAUGUUCCACCUUUUGACUAAACGACACAACUGUAGUCUCAUGUGAUUCCUCCUGCGCACAGGAUGUCACUGCACUGUGUGUGAACACUACAGAAAGUUCAACACUACUCCUUCAACAUGUUGUUGUUCUUCUUCUUGGAAAGGAUUUUUAGCUUUUAGAUCAAAAAGAAAAUCCUCCGCCCACAAACCUCCCAGGUUCAAGCACGUGUUGAUCCUUCAAUGUAGAGAUUAAUUGUUUGGAUUUUCCCCUCAGACUACAUCUUUUUAUUUUAUUUUUAUUUUUUUUAGAGCAGCGUCCAACAUCGAAAGAGUCUUCCUGAAACAUACUUUAGUUGGUGAUUGUGUUUUCCAGCAGCUAUUACUGAGCAAGAGAGAGAUUCUGUCCGUGAGUGAAUAGAAAAUAUUUAAAUGCAAAACACCUUACUAUUGUGCAUAUUUCUUUACCGUUGUAUUCUUAAUUUCCAAAUCGUGGCUUUUUUUUUUUUUGUUUUGGCUUUUGUUUUUGUUCCAAAGAUUUGUAGAAAGCACAUUUUUCUGCCGUAUGUAUAAAUAUAUUAUCUUUGUUAUUGAUGUUCUCAUAAUCCUUGAUAAUCCUAUUGCUGUCUUUAUUUACUUAUAUUCAUCUUUCAUUCGUUUCUUUUUUAAAUAUAUAUCUGAAUCCUUUCCAGUAAGGUGCAAGUUAACAGUUUUUUUUUUUUUUUUUUGUGCUUGAUCUCGAGCCGGUUGCAUACCUGAGAAGUGACGGACUAAAGGUUUGCUUGUAACACUACCAAACGUUGAUCCCUUUAGUGAAAUAUAUUCAGGCAUUUCUGGCUUUAUUUGUUUUUGUUUAGUUCGUUAUACACAUUAGCAUGACGUAUGAUUAUCUCUUUAAAAUAUACAACAUGGGCGGGAAACAGACUCUUUCUGUGGUUAUAUUUUGACUGAGACAUUUGGAAUAAAUGAACAUAGGUCUGUAGCACUUUGGUCAAACCAAACAUGCUCCUUUUCUGUGUUUUUCUUUUGUAAGUUUUUCUAUUUAUUUCUCCCUACAUUUCAUUUAAUUUGCUCCAGGUUUGUUUGAAGAUAUCAAAUAAAACGUCUGAAAGUGUUAUCUCUCAUACAUAGGAAGAUUAUAUUCCAACAUGUUGAAAAACAAAAUGUCUUUGUGGGAUUUGAUCUAUAUUGUGUGUUCAAUGGGGCAGGUUUUUAUUUUUGUGGGGUUUUUUUUGCCCGUAAAUAAUUUCAAAGCUACCGUUUUGUUUUUCACUUCUCACACUUGGAAAAACAUACAGGUCAAAACACGUUUUUUUUUUUUUGUUUAGUUUUUUUUGUAUGUGUGCUGCUGUUGAAUUUUUCUUCACAUCUGACAUUUUUCAUGAUAGAUUUCCAAGUUACAUUUAGAAUGUGCUCUGGACAAAAAAGGGGAAGAAAAAAGAAAUCUAGCCAAAGAUGCUAACUUGUAGUCCCCAGCACGUUCUGCCUCCCAACUUGAGAAAUGCUACACAAAAUACACAAAGAUGGACUUACAAAGCCACUGAAGGCAUGGACAAACCAGCAUGAGUGAUACUUGUCAAGUAAUAUAUAUAUAUAUAUACAACAAAAAAAAAAAGAAAACAAUUUGCAUGAAUCUUGUGUCUAUCAUAUUUUGACUCCUUAGCAGCCGAGCCCGGUUGCGUUCUUCUUUACCGCUGUACACUCUGGAGAAUGUCAGGCAGCUAGCAGUUUGACGCUAGCUAGCACAACAAAGAGCACAGUGCUGUUUGACAAAAAGACCGGCUGACAAACAAAAUGGCUGCCACGCAAAGGAAUCGUGGCAGCGUCAUUUUCCUGUCGUAGUCUUCUUGCCCAUGUAUUAUAGUCAGCUAUGUGGCCAUUCUUCAUAGUUGCUAUAUGGUUUGUUAACAACCAGUCCUCUCCUUAUCUCAUGUCUAUAUCCUUUUGACUGCCAUUAUGUUUUUUUUGUUAUUGAAUGUCCAUAUAAAAUGUUUUAUAUAAAAAUGUUUUGUUGUGA